AUGACUCGUCAGCUCUCUAUUCGUAGUGUUAAAGGCAAUAUCUAUAAGAUUGAUGUACCAGAAGAUGCUACUGUUGGCCAAGCCAAAGAAAUUUUCCGUGAGCAAUGCGAUCCAGAAGCAAAGGAUAUUACAUUCAUCUUUAAGGCCAACAGGCUCGAUAAUUCCAAGCUUAUUUCAUCCCUUGAUAUCAAGAAGACAGAUUUCUUCAUUGUCCAUAUCGUCAAGAAACCAGCAGCUCCAAAGCCAGCAGAACCAGCUCCAGCAGCCGUUGCCCCAGCACCAGCUCCAGCUCCACAGACCCCUGCUCCAGCAGUUCCAAGGGCAGCUCCAUUACCAGAACUUGUUCAACCAACUCAGCAAAAUCAGUUUGACAUGGACGCUCUUGUUUCCAGUCCACAGUUCGUUACAGCUGUUAACUCCCUUGAGGAACUCGGUUUCAAGGAGGAAGAAGCUACUGCAGCUCUCAAGGCAGCCAAAGGAAAUGCCGAACUCGCUUACAACUUCUUAGAGCAAGGUUACAUCCCAUCUGAGCAGGAUAUAGAAAAUCAACAAAACUUAAUAAACCAACUCAGAGAGAAACUUACUGCUGAGCCAUCUUUAAUUCCACAAUACAUCUUGGCAAUCGCAGCACAGCACCCAGAUCGCGCACAACAGUACAUGGCCAAUCCAGAACAGUUCCUUAAUGAUUAUGGUCUUGAUCCAAACAAAUUCGAUAUCCCACAAAUCAAGGAACAACUUAACGCUGCAAGUCAGGAAAUUGAAAACCUUGCAGCCAGCGGUGAUUUCGCUGACGCUCCAGAUUCUUUCCCACAGCAGGAAAUGAACCCAAUGCAGGCCAGAUUGAGCUCUUACUCACCAGAGGAGCAGGAAGUUCUCAAGAGAAUCUUCGAGAUCUUCCCCAACCAGGACCAGUUCACAGUUAUCCAGGUUUACGAGGCUUGUGGUAAGGAUGAAAACCAAACUGUUAACUGUCUUCUUUCAAUGAUGUAA